CUGAGUUUAUUCAAGGCAGCUAAAGGCGAUCGGCGGUCGUCUUCGUACUGUUUGCGUGUCAAGGAGGAAUCUUUGGAAGCUGCUCAAAUCAUGAAACCCUUACUUUCUGGAGUGUUGCUGGGCUGCUCGCUGCUUGUGGGUGUGCGAGCCUUUUAUUCCCCCAGCGACGAUGUGGUCGAACUGAACCCGUCCAACUUCAACAGAGAGGUGAUCCAGAGCGACAGUCUGUGGCUGAUCGAGUUCUACGCUCCCUGGUGCGGCCACUGUCAAAAGUUGACGCCAGACUGGAAGAAGGCUGCGACAGCCCUUAAGGGUAUUGUUAAGGUGGGUGCAGUAGAUGCAGACCAACACAAAUCUUUGGGAAGCCAGUAUGGUGUUUCCGGCUUCCCCACUAUCAAGAUCUUUGGGAGCAACAAGAACAAACCUGAGCAGUAUCAAGGUGGACGCAGUAGCCAGGCCAUUGUGGAUGGCGCCAUGAAUGCUCUGCGCGCUCUGGUCAAAGAACGACUUGAUGGCAAGUCUGGCAGCUCGGGCUACAGCCAACAGCAGAGCGGCGGCGGUGGCAGUAAAAAGGACGUGGUGGAGCUCACCGACGACAACUUUGACAAGAUGGUGCUGCAGAGCGAUGACGUGUGGUUGGUGGAGUUCUUCGCCCCCUGGUGUGGACACUGCAAGAACCUGGAGCCUGAGUGGGCAGCUGCCGCUUCAGCUGUCAAGGAGCAGACGAAGGGCAAAGUUCGCCUCGGAGCCGUGGACGCAACCGUACACCAGGCCGUGUCCAGCCGCUACGGGAUCAGAGGUUUUCCCACCAUUAAGAUAUUCCGUAAAGGGGAGGAGCCUGAGGACUACCAAGGGGGACGCUUGCGCGGUGAGAUCAUUGAGAGGGCCUUGGAUCUGUUCUCUGACAACGCCCCUGCUCCUGAACUACUGGAGAUUCUUAAUGAAGAUGUCCUGAAGACGACUUGUGAGGACAGUCAGCUGUGCAUUAUUGGCAUCCUGCCACACAUUUUGGACACAGGUGCCGCUGGUAGAAACAGCUACCUGGACGUGAUGAUGACGCUGGCCGACAAGUACAAGAAGAAGAUGUGGGGCUGGCUUUGGGCCGAGGCUGGCAGUCAGAUGGAGCUGGAGGCCUCGCUGGGCAUCGGCGGCUUCGGCUACCCCGCCAUGGCCGCCAUCAACACGCGCAAGAUGAAGUUCGCGCUGCUCAGGGGCUCCUUCAGUGACACCGGAAUUCACGAGUUCCUCAGGGCGCUUUCUGUUGGACGAGGCUCGACGGCCUCAUUGGCAGGUGGUGUAAUCCCCAAAAUUCACUCCGUUGAACCGUGGGAUGGAAAAGAUGGACAGCUUCCUGAGGAGGAGGAAUAUGACCUCAGUGACGUGGAGCUGGACGAUGUCUAUGACAAGUCUGAGUUAUGAGGCUCUUCAUGGGGGGGAAAAAAAACAAAAGGGGCUGGGAUUUCGAUUCAGGCUGGUUUGCUUGGAUGUUGUCUGAUCCCGUGCGAGCCACCUCCCCUUCUCCUGUGGACAAAUGGAGGGCCGGGUCAGUCGCAGUUACUGAAAUACUCCAGAAGGGAUGCCUGAUGUUUCAUCUUUGGUGAAGUCACACACACAUUGGGGUGGGGUGGGGUGGGGUGGGUCGGGGCGGGGCUGGGUGGGUGGGGUUUUGUGGGGCAUCACUCAAAUAACUGCCGACAAUUGUAAUCCAUCAUAUUUAAGAGGAGGGAGAAAGCCUUUUAUUGUUCAUGCGUCUCCUGUUUUUACAUGUGGACUCAAAAACACAUUGUCAAACCCCUCACGUGGUGGCAUUUUUUUUAUUUUUAUUUUUUUCCCUCCUGGUUUUCAAUCCAGUCGGUGGGUUUAGGAUGAAGGGGUGACAUCUUGUGUAGAUUUUUCAUACACAAAACUUUAUUUCAAUUGUGUGAAAACAUUUGUUUCAAUAAUAAAACAGUAAAAACAG